AUGGGAAAGGCAAGGAAGACGCGGAAGUUUGCGGCAGUGAAACGGACAAUUAAUCCGAAAGAUCAACGACUGCAAAAUAAGGAGGUAAAGAAGCUGAAGAAGCGGAAGGAGAGGGAGACAGCUUUAAAAGAGCACGUUCAGCACAACCCUGAUCAAUUCUUUAGUUACAACACGAAUCUGGUCCCUCCAUAUCAAGUGUUGGUGGACACGAACUUCAUCAAUGGAGCUAUCCAAACCAAGCAGGACGUAUUGCAGGGCCUUAUCACCUGCCUUGUAGCAAAAUUGGCAGAACUCGAGAAGCUUGGCCACAGGUAUCGGCUGGCCCUUCAUUUGGCAAAGGAUCCACGAAUAAAGCGACUCAAGUGCCUACAUGCUGGGACUUACGCUGAUGACUGCAUCGUGCAGAGAGUUACAGAGCACAAGUGCUAUUUGGUGGCAACAAAUGAUAAGGAUUUGAAGCGUCGCAUCCGCAAGAUUCCAGGAGUGCCAAUCGUAUACCUAAAGGGGCGUACGUUUGCGGUAGAACGACUCCCAGAGGCAAUCACCGCACUGCCUGCUGCCAAGUCAGCAUUCCCGAAGAACUGA